UGAUGGACAUAAAGAUACGAUUAUUUUAUUUUGUUGGAUUGUUUAUUGGAAUUACUAUGAUUUCAAAUGUCGAUGCGGAUUGCAGAGCUAUCAAUUCAUAUUGUAAUCAACAUAGCGAUUGCUGUUCUAAUUUUUGUGUUCCAAUGGGAUUCCACAAAAUAAGUACAUGCAUUUCAUUAUCAGAAGUGUAUGCUGAUAAAUAUAACCCAGUUUCAAGAUGCAUUAGAUUAGGAAAGUCUUGUUUUCUUCAUAGUCACUGCUGCUCCGGAUUUUGUGACAAGUAUUCGCUGUUUUCCUACGGAUCAUGCGCGGAAAAUUGAAACAAAAAUAUUGGUAAUUUUAUGACAAUAAGGCAUGCUCUGUUACAAU